AGGCCCAGGCUGGAGCGCCUUGGGUGAGGGAGACGGUCCACAUGCAGAAUAAGAGGAGAAGCAGUAGCAACAAGACGGGACAUGGAAUUUCCAGCGGGUCGACUUGUGACCUGCCUGGGUUACCAGGGAAAACUUCCCUGGGACAACAUUGACAUGAAAAUGCUAAUGGCACAAAAAGUCUAUCGAGCUUGAGCACUGUGAGUGAAUAUGGCCCCUGCCGGCUUCGAUGGUGGGAAGAGUUUGGUUGGAUAGCCUUACCCCUUUACAAGACCUCUGCUCCCUGGAUUAGACCUUAAGCCUGUGUUUGUUGAUUGCACAAGUACUCUGGAUCGGCUUCUCCCAGAGGCAUUUAAAACAUGCCAAGCUGGUGUUGCAUAAAAAACAAGCCUAUGCAUUCAGCAAAUAUAACUCGGCGAGCAGAGACGCGUCUCUCACUCACCCGGAGGGGAGCCCAGGUCCUGCUGCCGCCAGUGGAACACAGGCGAUGGACAUUGAGAAGGUCAACUCCAUGGACUUUGGAGAAUUUGUGGAUGUGUUUGGGAGUGUCACCGAGAGAUGUCCUCUGAUUGCCCCCGCCGUGUUCUCCCAGCGCCCAUUCUCUGACUUGGAAGAUUUAGAGCAGCACUUUUUUGCCUUUACUGAUGCUCUUCCACAGUCAGGCCAGGAGGGCGUCCUGCGCUGCCACCCGGACCUGGCGGGCCGCGAGCUGCAGCGGGGCGAGCUCAGCGCCGAGUCGCAGCGGGAGCAGAGCGCCGCGGGCCACACGAGCCUGGGCGCGGCCGAGCGGCUCUGGCUGGCCGAGCUCAACGCGCAGUACCGCGCGCGCUCCGGCUUCCCCUUUGCGCUCGCCGCGCGCCUCAGCGACCGGGCUGCGGUGCCCCGCGAGCGGGCGCGCCGGCUGCACUGCCCACCCACGCAGGAGCUGAACUCCGCACUGGGCGAAGUGAAGAAGAUCGGCCGCCGGCGUCUCGCCGACCUCCUCGGGAGCCACGCCACCGAAUCGUAGCGGCUGCGCCAGCCAGCGACCCGGGACGCACGUCGUGACGCGCGAGGGCCGCGGGCGCGCGCGCUGCGCUUGGAACAGCGUCCACACCCGCGCACAAAGGCCGGGGAGAACCGAGGCAGUCUUACGAAUAAUAAGCCCUUUUGUCCACCUACCCGCAUGCUCACGCUUUGCCAAAAUAGAUAGUUGCGUGCUUUUCGGCCCCCGCUCCCCGCGCCGCUCCCGAUUUAUCCAGCUCACUGCUCCAAUUCUUCACUCCCUUAGCGGCCCGCUGACACCAGCUUUUGCGGAUUCCAGGGCGCUAAUCGAGCUCUCUCCGGCUCCCCACCCUCUCCUGCCAAACCCCAGGCGCAAAGCAAAACGAACGGAAAAGGAAGCUUUUAUUCCGCAGCGGUUUGUCUGUUUCUUUUUUCUUCUCCCACCUUAGUUGCUGCACGCGAUAUUUACAUGUGAGUGGAAGCGCCUCUCUGGCUCUGGGACACGAACGGGAGCCAGAGCUGGGAGAGCAAAGCGCCGGGGAAGCAGCGUGCGCGGGGACGGUGGGCAGGAGAGAGCCCCGCAGGGGCCGGUAUUGCGGAGGCGCCCCGUGGAGCAGAGAAGGCUGGGAGCGGGGCUCUCUAGGAUGGACGGGCCUGAAGGUCAGGGCCAGCGGCCUCCCGUCUCUCCCGGGGGUGGGCCCAGGAGAGCUGUUUUGUCAGAGUCCCUGGAAACCAUA